AUGGAUGGACGAAAGUACUCCUCAAAACUGGAGGGAAAGCAUCUAUUAGUUUUCGGUGGCACUUCAGGGAUUGGCUUCUGUGUUGCGGAAGCAGCUCUCGAGCAGGGUGCGAGCGUAUAUAUCUCUGGUUCCAAUCCAAAUAAACUCCAGUCCGCCCUGGCGAAGCUACUGGAGGCAUACCCAACAGCACACAACCGGUUGGAUGGGAAGACAUGUGACCUUUCUGUAGCAGAGAAGCUAGAGGAGAACCUCACAAAUAUUCUGAGAGCAGCCACACGGUCCUCCAAGAUUGACCACGUUGUCUUCACCUCUGGGAACGAUCUCCACCUAGGUCACGUGUCUCACAUCAUGAUUGACGAAGUUUAUGCUGCCGGCAUUGUGAGAUUCUUUGCCCCUGUCAUCCUCGCCAAACUUUCUUUCGACUUCCUAAAAGUUGGCCCAGAAAGCUCAAUGACAUUCACUGGGGGAGCGGGAUCGCAGCGGCCGCCUCCGAAUUUUGCUAUCGCAGGAGCUUAUACUGCUGGUUUGGAGGGGUUAGUAAGGGGUCUUGCAGUUGACCUCAAGCCUCUGAGAGUGAAUUUGGUUGCAGUUGGUGCUGUGCAUACCGAGAUGUUGGAUAGAGUUGCACGCGCUCAGGACGGGUUGCUCGAUGUCUUGAAGAGCCAAACAACUCUUGGAGUGGUUGGUCAACCUGAAGACGUUGCAGAAGCAUACAUCUAUGUGAUGAAAGACAACUUCAUUACUGGGUCCGUGAUAAGUACGAAUGGUGGGGCUCUUUUGAUCUGA